AUGUCCACAGCAGGCCGACUUGUGUUUUGCAAGCGAUUUUCUUCUCUUUCGCGUUGCUGGUCGGCGUACAAUGCUCCUAAAAGAACCACACUCACCGAUCUUCGAAAGCUUUAUGCGGAAAAUACUCCCAUUUCCGUAGCCACGGCUUGGGAUGCCCUUACGGGCCGAAUCACAGAAAAAAGCGGCAUAGACAUCACAUUGGUGGGCGACUCUUUUGCCAUGGUUUCGUCUGGCUUCGAGGACACGAACGAGCUCGAGCUCGAGGAGAUGAUUUUCCAUGCCCGUGCUGUGACCCGAGGAAACAGCACGUCUUUCCUAGUGGCAGAUAUGCCGUUUGGCACGUUUGAACUUUCAGACUCCCAGGCAGUCGAGACUGCCAUCAGGCUUGUCAAGGAAGCCAGGGUGCAGGCGGUCAAGAUCGAAGGAGGAAAAGACAUUACUCCCACCAUCAGAAGAAUAGUGGGUGCUGGAGUUCCUGUGAUGGGCCAUGUUGGCUUGACGCCGCAGAAACAUAACACCUUUGGCGGCUACAAAGUGCAAGGAGGCAGUUUUGAGCGGGCAAAGGAGAUCUUGGACGACUGCCGGGCCCUUGAGGAAGCAGGCGUUUUUUCCAUCGUGUUGGAGUGUGUUCCCAACAAAUUGGCCGAGUUGGCCACGGCCUCUGUCAAUGUGCCCACCAUUGGCAUCGGCGCAGGUCCAAGUGUUUCAGGUCAAGUUUUGGUCUUGGCCGACAUGCUAGGAAUGAACGACAAAGCGCCUGCUAAGUUUGUCAAACAGUACAUGAAUUUCUUUGACCAGGCCACAGCUGCCGUGGCACAAUACAAAACCGACGUCCAGGAAAGAGCGUUUCCUGACCCAAACGAACAUGGCUACAAGAUGAAAUCAAGCGUCUUGCAGGAAAUCAAAGCAUAUAUGGAGAAAUGA